AUGAGAUUUGUAGAAAGAGGAAAUUCCUUCGUACUCAUGUGGAAGCUGCAGGAUGGAACAAUGAUGAGGGAUCUAGCAACCGAAGCCAUCCAGACAGCUUGCAUCAUUCAAAAACAUUUUGGGAGAUACGAGACUGAUGUUGGAGUGACUCUUCGAGUGAAAUUGGCAAUAGCAUCCGGGAAGAUCUACUUCACGUCUAUUGGAGAUCCCCAGAGGAUUUCUCAUUACAUCAUCACAGGGCAGCCAGUCUGGGACGUGAAAUUUGCUGAGGGUCUUUGCAAAGGUGGUGAUAUUAUCGUAGCUGCCAGCAGCUGGCAGUUGGCUGACCGCAAUGAAUAUGUAUUCAAAACACUUCCUGAUGGAGUACACACGCUCAUCUUGUCCUGCAAUAUCAUGUGGGAUCAGACCAAAGGAACAUACGCAGAUAGUGAAAUGGCGAUAAAUACUGAUACGAACAGUGAAAAGCUUUUCCCUAAAUUAUCCGUUCUCGAGCAUAUUGGUCCUGAUACUUUGCGCACGAGGAAAACCCACACGGAAUUGAAAACUUUCUCUUCACCAUUUAAUACCGAUUACAGUCUUAGGCCUAAGGUCAUCAAAGUGGCUAAGCAACGAUUGAAGAAGGAACUCCAGAGCUACAUCCUGAGACCUGUUGUGAGGUCUGUUAAAAUGGAUGAGCCUUUAGAAUAUCUGACGGAAAUACGUCAAGUCGUUAUCGUCUUUAUUAAUAUCGUUACCGCUAACAUUGGGCCGAGGAAACUGAUUUUGUUAGUGAAUGCUGUUUAUAAAACACCGUUCAGCUUCGUCCACUUAAUCUUCAGCGAUCCUCUCCAGUUCAACAUCUCCACGACCUCCCAAACGCGUGAGAAUACUCUCCUAUUCCACCUGAAAUCCCUCCGGUACCCGGAAUUCCUCUGUGCCCUCAACCCCGUCUUCAACGUCAAAUACCGUGUCUCCUCGUACUACCUGAACCUCUCAGUCUCCGAGAAAAGAACAAUCCUGGAGAAGCUGAUAUUCAAACUCGUCGUUUCCUGCUUCAAUCAGCCCUGGGUAGUGAUAACAGACGAUACUCACAACGCCGACGAGCAAUCCCUCUCUCUCCUAGCAACAAUCAUCGAGCACCACCACAUUUUCUUCGUCUUCUCAUUUGGAAAGAUGGAGAUCACCGAUCGCAAGCAUCAGAUAUCAAAAAUCCUGGAGAAAGCGAAAAUAAUCGACCUAAUGGGACUGGACAAGUGGUUUCACGCGGCCUUGGCCUGCCAACUAUUGAAGGUCUCGGCGAUUCCUGCGGAGCUAGAGAAGGUCAUCCAAGAAAAGAGUAUGGGGAAUCCCGGAUGGAUAGAGAGUUAUUUGGUGAGUCUCUUGCAGAUCGAAGGUAUUCGGUUGAAGGAGAUCCCUAAGAGCAGUAUGAAAGAAAUGGGAUUGGUAGCACCACCUGCGAUCAUGCUAGAACAACGAAAACACAGUAAAGUCUACAACAGCCUAAAUGAUGAACCAGUUGAAGAGAGAUCUGAUGGCUGGAAGAUGUAUGAGACUAGCUAUGGAGCAAGCUGCACUCGUCUUGAUCAUGAAAAGAGAGAAUUUCAGGUACAUGACGAAGAGACAUCGAAGACUGUUCAGACCCUUCCAGAAAACGGACAUGAUGACUCAAGAAUUAUGAAGAAUUGCAAGGCGUCAUCAAGCAAUCAACCCAUCACUGAGGAAUUAAUCCAUGUCUGCUUAGUUCCUCGAGUAUCACUCCUUGAGGAAGUCACCCCCGAAGUGACAAUGGACGUUUUAAUCCUCAAACGUUUUGAUUCUCUCAGCCCUCUGGAGCAGUAUCUCUUGAAAUGUGCAGCAGUGCUGGGGGAGAUCGUUGAUAGAGCAAUGCUCCAGAAUUUAAUGGUCGAAUCGUCAACAUAUGACGUCGCAGUGGCAGUCUUCAAUCUGUUUAAUAUGAGAAUCCUUGGAUGUGCCUCCGGUGAUUCUGCCAGGAGCAAUGCACCCAUAAUGUUCUUCACGAACAUCAAGAGCCCUAAUUUGGGAACGGAAAUCAAGUGCGGGUGUCCUGGGGUUGCCGGUAAGAAGACCUUUGAUGGCUUUCCUGAUUAUGCUAAUUGUCUUCUGAUGAGAUUCAAAAUAGCUAAGUUCAGGGAAACGACUUAUCGAUUGCUGACGGAGUAUCAGAAGAUCGAGUUGCAUAAAAAAGCGUUGAAGUAUCUUCAGAGGAACACCAGGCGGUGUGGACCCUGUGGACGGGGCUUUUUCGCUAAAUUGAUGGGGAAAGUUCAUGAGGAUAGUGUUAGGGACUCGAAGAGGAUGAGGAACAACUUGUCGGAGGAGUUCUCAGAUUACAGUGCGGAUGGUACUGAUAGAGAGGAUUUUGAAGAGGAGGAGAUGAAGAGACGGUCCUCACUGGUUCUCAAUCCUUCUGCGGGGCUGGUAGUCCCUAAGACGUUUGAGGGCGUCGAUUUCAGGGAUUGUCAAUGCAAUUUGAUACUUGUUAAUGCUUAUACACAAAUUCUGGAACACUGCAGGGGGAUUGAUCGGAAAGAUAAGACGUUGACGACUAUUCUGGAAUUUGUGGAGGUACUUUUGGCGGCUUAUAAUGUCGCUUAUGCUACCAAACUUCUUUGUGAUGCUGAGGAAAUUCUGGGGAAGAUUUUCGUCGACAAUGAAGACGAGCUGGUGAAAUGUCCUCUUCUCAAAGCGAAGAUUAAGACUCUCCAGGGAAAAUGUCACUUGCAAAUUGGACUCGUUGAUGAAGCGUUGAAGUCUUUCGCUGAAGCAGUAGCAACACUAGGGUACGAUUUCCCGAAGACGACAAUUAUGAUCAACGUCAAGUCAAGAAUCCUCCUGGGGUAUCAGAAGAUCAUGCUGAUGUACUGGGGAGGAUAUCUCAUAGGAGUAGAUGAAGGCGAUGCAGCUGAUUAUAAUAGCCAACUAGCCAUUUGUCUCUCGCAAUUGUUCGUAGUUUUCAGGAUCAAAGAAAUGCAGGACCACGCGAGAUUAGCGGCAAUCUGGAGUCUCAAUUCUGCACUGACGUCUAAUAACGAUUUCGUGACAAUGUGUCAUGCAUUUGCUAAUAUGAUUGUGAUUGCAGAUAAUUAUCAAUAUCAAGGACUCAUUCCCUGGCUCGAAAACGGGGGAAUUGCAUUCUGCAAUCAAAGAGAAGACGCCCUCGAGCUGGAGGAAUUAAAAGCGAUUAUCGAAUUGUACACGAAAGUUUCCUUCUCUCGAUUGCUCAGAGAGGAAAGAGUGCAAGCAUCUCAAUUAGGAGGCAUCGCUCUGAGAUUAGCGAAGACUGUGAAAUCCGUGAGACAAGAGUUGAUGAUUUUUCCUAGAGUAAUUCAGUCGCUGAUGGUUGACAAAAAAAUGGAAAAAAUCGUAUCGCUGAUGAAGGAAUUAGAAUUAGUAGCGAAUUCUAUCGUUGAUCAAUCCGGUCGUUUAUGGUACCACGCUUUCUGCGUUGAUCUUCAAUUGGAAUGUGGAGUUACGAUAGCUUCUUUCAAGAAAUGCGAGAAAUUCUAUCAGUUGGAAGGAGACUCUGAUGUGCAUUUAAAUGAUCCUGAAGCGAAGAAAAGAUUUCUUACGUCCAUGUGGCUUUGGUAA